AUGACUGUACCAGUAUUUAUUGCCGAGGAUCUUAGCGAAAAAGAGGUCAAAGUGGUUUUGAGGUCCGCAACCCAGCUGGCGGCUGAGAUGGCGGCUGCCAAAAUUACCAGCGAGGAGGUGGUGCAAAGUUUUCUGAAAAGUGCGGCCCUAGCACAUGCGCGCACAAACUGCGUGACAGAGUUUUUGACUGAUGCAGCUAUUGCCCGUGCUCGCGAAUUAGACUUAUAUUUUCGUGAAAAUGGGACCACUGUCGGCCCACUGCACGGGGUGCCCGUAAGUGUCAAAGAGCACAUACGGGUAGCUGGCACGCACUCGACUUGUGGCUACAAAAGGUGGCAGGACCACCGCUUUGAGACUGAUGCCUUGAUAGUAGAGAGACUGAAGCGUGCUGGCGCCAUUGUGAUUUGCAAAACCACCGAUCCGCAAUCACUUCUGGCUAUGGAGACUGAAUCGAACUUAUAUGGUCGAACGACGAAUCCCCACAAUCAUCUGCUGUCUAGCGGUGGCAGCUCCGGAGGAGAGGGUGCUCUAUUGGCGUCUAAUGGGUCAGCUCUAGGAGUUGGCACUGAUAUUGGUGGCUCGAUUCGGACUCCUGCUGCGUUUAAUGGAAUCUACGGUCUCAAGCCAAGUACCGGCAGAUUACCUCAUUCCGGUCUUGAGGGCAACCACGAUGGAAUGGAGAACAUUAUUGGAUGUGUGGGUCCUCUAGCAAGGUCUGCGGAAGAUUUGUCACUGUUCUGUCGUGCUGCUUUGGCAGAUGAACCAUGGCUGAUCGAGCAAUCCAUUCCUCCAAUGCCGUGGAAAACGGAUGUAAAGGUGCCCGAAAAGCUUACGGUGGCUAUCGUCUGGGACGAUGGACUUGUAAAACCUCUCCCUCCAGUUCUCCGUGCGUUGGAGAGGACCAAAAGCCGACUUGAAGCUGCUGGUCAUCAGGUGAUAACUUGGGACCUGGUAGAACCGGAAACCGCUUACAAAAAUACGAUACAAACGUAUCUUCUAGACGGAGGAGAUGAGUAUAACUCAUUGCUCAGCACAGAGGAUCCUGCCGUGGAUUCUGUCAACUGGAUCCUGAACUCCUUUGGAGUAAAAAGAUGCUCUUUGGAGGAGACUUGGGCUCUCAACCGUGAGAGAUCAAGAAUCCAAAACUCUCACAAUUCUAAAUGGAAUGCAGCUGAAAAAGUCCCAGAUGUUAUAUUGUGUCCAGCCAAUCCUAGUCCCGCAACUCCUCAUGGCCAGCUUAGACACUGGAACUACACUUCCUAUUGGAAUUAUCUGGAUCUACCAGCUGUGGUUUUCCCUGUCACUACUGUUAGUGAAACCGAUGUAAGCUCGACCCAAUUCGAUUAUCGCAGUGACAUUGAGCGUGGAUACCACGAGUCAUAUGAACCGGCAAUUUAUAAAAAUGCGCCGGUGGGCCUCCAGCUAGUUGGCCGCAGACUCCACGAGGAAUUUUUGUUAGGUGUAUUGGGGGAGAUCGAGAUGCUGAAAUAG